UCCUCCCCCUUCUUCUUCUCAGCAGCAGCAGGAACAGGAAGAGCAGCCUGUUGUUUCCAGAGUGCCGGCACAGGGAGAGCACAGGCAGCCACUGCAGCAAGUUUUUGGACUCACCGAGCCAAUGAAGUACUUCAGGCUAUUUUCCAGAGCUAGGCUUUGGCCGUGCCAUAGGUGUGUUUUUUCUACUGCUUCCGGUACUAGAGAAACGCUAAAGAAAAAAGAGGAAUUAAUUUCAAGAUUAUCAACUGGGCCACAACUGAAAGACUUUUUCGUCAACACCAAACCUGCUAAAACAGUAUCCCCAGCUGACGAUGAUGAUCCUCCUCCUUAUAUUACACCUUUAUAUCCACCGUCACAGAAUAACAAAAUAUAUUUGGAGACCUAUGGCUGCCAGAUGAAUGUUAAUGAUACAGAGAUUGCCUGGUCCAUUUUGCAACAGAACGGUUAUGUCCGAACACACAUAGAGACCGAGGCUGAUGUGAUCUUCUUGGUUACUUGCUCAGUCAGGGAAAAGGCAGAGCAGACAAUAUGGAACAGACUACAGCAGUUUGCCACGCUAAAGCGAAAAAGGAGCAAAGACAACAGGAUGAGGAUUGGAAUAUUAGGUUGCAUGGCAGAAAGGUUGAAACAAGAGAUUUUGGAAAGAGAAAAUCUUGUGGACAUAGUUGCUGGCCCAGAUGCCUACCGAGAUCUCCCGAGACUACUUGCAGUGGCAGAAAGUGGACAGCAGGUGGCUAAUGUGCUCCUUUCUGUGGAUGAAACCUAUGCAGACAUCAUGCCAGUUCAUACAUCAGCCAGCAGCAAAUCUGCCUUUGUCUCCAUCAUGCGGGGCUGUGACAACAUGUGCACCUACUGUAUCGUUCCAUUCACCCGUGGGCGUGAGAGGAGUCGCCCUUUGCAUUCCAUCAUAGAAGAAGUCCGAAUGCUUUCUAGCCAGGGUGUAAAGGAAGUCACUUUACUCGGUCAAAACGUCAAUAGUUAUUGUGACAGUUCCUCAGUCCAAUUCCCUAAUGUUGGGAGCCCUUCCCUCAGCCGUGGCUUCAGCACAAUAUACAAGCAUAAAAAAGGUGGCCUGAGGUUUGUAGAUCUCCUGGAUAAAGUCUCUCAGAUUGACCCUGAAAUGAGAAUUCGUUUUACUUCUCCCCAUCCCAAAGAUUUUCCAGACGAGGUUCUCCAGCUAAUUGCUGAACGUCACAACAUUUGCAAACAAAUCCACAUCCCGGCUCAGAGUGGAAGUAAUAGAGUUCUGGAGAGCAUGAGAAGAGGGUACAGCAAAGAAGCUUAUCUGGAUCUGAUUCAGAAUAUUCGGGAAUCCAUUCCAGGUGUGAGUCUCAGCAGUGAUUUCAUUACGGGCUUCUGCCAGGAGACAGAGGAGGAUCAUCAGCAAACUUUGUCGCUCUUACGGGAGGUUUCCUAUAAUGCAGCCUAUCUGUUCGCCUACAGCAUGAGAAAGAAAACAAGGGCAUAUCAUAGACUGCAGGAUGAUGUUCCCCCAGAGGUAAAACAACGGCGGUUGGAGGAGCUCAUUUCUGUCUUCAGAGAGGAGGCUGAAAGAGUGAAUAAGAGAACUGUGGAAAGUACCCAACUGGUGCUGGUAGAAGGGCCAAGUAAACGUUCUCCAGCAGAACUGUGUGGCAGGAACGAUGGAAAUACUAAAGUAAUAUUCUCUGAAACACCAAAAGCAGAUAAUUUAGCACUGGAGAAUAAAAUCCAACCUGGAGAUUAUGUCUUGGUGAAGAUAACAUCUUCCAGCUCCCAGAGUUUAAAAGGGACUCUGCUCGGCCUGACCACCCUCCAGAAGUCUCCUGCUUACAGCUGAUUAUAGAUGUGCAAUGGAAGCUGAUUACUGUGCCGCUCAAUGAGCAAAACAAAGACUUGUUUGUAUUUAUUUAUUAUUUAGCCUGUCACAAUGUUACAUAAAUAUUUAUUAGCAGAGCAAGGAGCCAGAUUCUGUAAUUUUUCUGCUAUCUCAAUCUUUCAAAUAAAUUUAUUUUUACAAACAGCAAAUUAUUCACAAAUAAAGACCCCCUAACUAUAA